UCGGAGUAUGGACUCUGUAUAAUGAUCCAAAAGGAAUCUUCCCUCAGCACAUUCCACUACUUGGUUUACACUUUGCAACCAAAAACUCGCUUAACCCUUUGAAGUUUCUACUGGUCAGAGUUACAUUCUCUAGUUUGGUUGCUCGAUCCUAUUUCUAUUACUCAGUGCCAACAUUGUUAUCUUCAAUUCUUCAUGCAUUUUCUUUUUGGGAUGUUUGUGGGGAUAAGAAGGUCGAGAUUGAUCUUCAGGACCAUUCUAUUGGUUCUUGCAAUACUUCAAGAGGCAAGUUCACAUGGAGUCCAACCUCUUUCAAGAAUUGCUAUUCAUAAAGCAACAUUGGCUCUUGACAACCGUUCUUAUGUUAAAGCCUCACCUACUGUUCUGGGACUGAAUGGUCAAAAUACAGAAUGGGUUACGGUGGAGUAUAGUUCACCGAACCCAUCAAUUGAUGACUGGAUUGGGGUUUUUUCUCCUGCAAAUUUCAGUGCUUCAACCUGCCUUGCGGAAAAUCCAAGGGUUACUCCUCCAUUAUUGUGCUCUGCACCUAUUAAGUAUCAGUAUGCAAACUACACUAGUCCUGACUACCAAGAUACGGGAAAAGGGUCCUUGAAGCUUCAGUUGAUUAACCAGAGAUCAGACUUCUCUUUUGCACUAUUUUCGAGUGGUUUGUUAAAUCCAAAGCUGGUAGCAGUGUCAAACACAGUAUCUUUCAUAAAUCCAAAUGCCCCCGUUUACCCACGGUUAGCACAGGGAAAGGAAUGGAAUGAAAUGACAGUAACAUGGACUAGUGGAUAUGGGAUUGAUGAAGCAGAACCCUUUGUUCAAUGGGGUCCAAAAGGAGAACAUCAAAAACAUUCCCCAGCUGUUACUCUGACUUUUGAACGUAACAGCAUGUGUGGUGCACCAGCAAGGACAGUUGGAUGGCGUGAUCCAGGAUAUAUUCAUACCAGUUUUUUGAAAGAGUUGUGGCCAAACAGAGUGUAUACCUACAAACUGGGGCAUAGAUUGUUCAACAGUACAUAUAUUUGGAGCAAAGAAUACCAGUUUAGAGCAUCUCCAUUUCCUGGUCAAAAUUCUUUGCAACGUGUAGUCAUUUUCGGGGACAUGGGAAAGGAUGAAGUUGAUGGCUCUAAUGAAUACAAUAAUUACCAGCGUGGCUCUCUUAACACUACCAAACAGCUUAUUAAAGAUUUGAAAGAUAUUGACAUAGUGUUCCACAUUGGAGAUAUAUGUUAUGCUAAUGGAUACCUUUCGCAGUGGGACCAAUUUACUGCACAGAUUGAGCCCGUUGCAUCAUCUGUGCCUUAUAUGAUUGCAAGUGGUAACCAUGAGCGUGACUGGCCGGGAACAGGAUCCUUCUAUCAGAACAUGGAUUCUGGAGGAGAAUGUGGUGUGUUGGCUGAAACUAUGUUUUUUGUCCCUGCUGAUAAUAGGGCUAAGUUUUGGUACUCCACUGACUAUGGCAUGUUCCGGUUCUGCGUAGCUGACACAGAGCAUGAUUGGAGAGAGGGAACAGAUCAGUACAAGUUCAUUGAGCACUGCCUUGCAUCAGUUGAUAGACAAAAGCAACCGUGGCUGAUCUUUCUUGCACAUCGGGUACUUGGCUAUUCUUCUGGCAUCGGUUAUGCCAUAGAAGGAUCAUUUGCAGAACCAAUGGCUAGGGAGAGCCUUCAAAAACUCUGGCAGAAGUACAAGGUUGACAUUGGCAUCUAUGGCCAUGUGCAUAAUUAUGAAAGGACAUGUCCCAUAUACCAGAAUAUAUGCACGGACUAUGAGAAACGGUACUAUAAGGGCACACUGAAGGGCACCAUACAUGUUGUUGCGGGUGGCGGAGGAGCAAGCCUUUGAACAUUCACCACCCUCAAGACCGAUUGGAGUAUAUAUAAAGACUAUGAUUAUGGAUUUGUAAAACUUACUGCAUUCGACCAUUCGAACCUGCUUUUCGAAUACAAGAAGAGCAGUGAUGGAAAGGUUUACGACUCUUUCAGAAUAUCCAGGGAUUAUAGAGACAUCUUGGCCUGCACUGUGGAUAGUUGCCCAAGUACAACACUUGCUUCCUGAUUUUGUGAACAAGGGAAAAUCUAUUGUC